UACAACCGAAUUUAUCAUCAUCGUCUAUUGUUUCAUCGGCUGCAACUACAACAACAACAAUAACAACAACUACAACGGCCACUGGCAUUAAUCAUCCAUUACAAUCUUCAUCAUCAACAACAUGUUCCACAUUGUCUACAUCAACAAUAUCGACCAUUUCUUCCAUUAAUAAUAAUGGCCACCAAUCAUUGCUUUACAGUCCAUCAUCAUCGUUAUAUCAACGAAAUAAUAAACAACAACAACAACAACAGCAUUCACAAACACCACUGUCAAUAUCGACUGAUUCAAAUCAUCAUCAACAUUCUUUGAUGCCAAUAACAACACAAACCUCGUUAUCACCAUCAUCAUCAACUACUACAUCAACAACCAUAACUCAACAACAGGCUCCAUUAUUAUCAUCUAUUCCGGAAAAUCAUCAUCAUAAUGGGCAACAGGUGUUGAUUUCAUCUGCUCAUCCUCAUUCUUCUUCUACACCAUUUUCAAUCAGUUCAAUGAUCAAUAUGAUCAAUCCUACACCAUCAUCGUUAAUAAUGGAUUAUUCUUCAUCAUCAUUAUCAUCAUCAUCAAAUCCUUUGAAUAUUUAUCAUCCUAAUCAUAAUCAUGCACAGCAACAAAAUAGUACGUCUAAAACAAAAUUAGCAUCACCAAUCACAGCCAUCAACACAUCAUCAUCAUCGUCAACAUUAUUAAUACAUUCCCCUGCACAAUCAUCUUGUCCAUCAUUGGAUGUACACCAUCUUGGAACGACAGCUACGGCUGCAACAACAGCAGCAUCAAUUAUGAUAAUAAAAGAUAUAUUUCAAGCUUGUAAAAUUGGUGAUUUAAAUCGAUUAAAAAAAUUAAUCAAUUCAAAUAAUGUUAAUGUUCGUGAUCCAUCUGGUGGUGGACGAUCAACGCCACUACAUUUUGCAUCCGGUUUUGGUCGUUUAGAUGUUGUUGAUUUUCUCAUACAACAAGGUGCUAAUAUUCAUGCCAAAGAUGAUGGUGGUCUAGUACCUUUGCACAAUGCCUGUAGUUUUGGUCACAUUGAAGUUGUAAAAUUAUUAUUGAAAAAUGGUGCCGUUCCAAAUGUCAAAGAUAAUUGGCAUUUUACACCAUUAAUGGAAGCAGCCAUUAAAGGUAAACUCGAAGUUUGUCUUUAUCUAUUGCAAAAAGGAGCCGAUGCCCGGUUAACGAAUUCGGAGAGCAAAACUGCAUUAGAAUUGGCCUCACCAUUAGUCAAACCAGUGUUAACUGGUGAUUAUCGUAAACACGAACUUCUUGAAGCUGCUCGUAAUGGUUAUGAAGAAAAAGUUUUAUCAUUGUUGACACCAUUAAAUGUUAAUUGUCAUGCAUCCGAUGGACGACGUUCGACACCGCUUCAUUUGGCUGCCGGAUAUAAUCGUUUGAAAAUUGUUCAAAUUUUACUUAAAAAUGGUGGUGAUGUUCAUGCAAAAGAUAAAGGUGGUCUAGUGCCAUUGCACAAUGCUUGUAGUUAUGGACAUUUUGAAGUCUGUGAACUACUCAUCAAACAUGGUGCCGAAGUGAAUGCAUCAGAUCAUUGGCAAUUCACGCCGUUACAUGAAGCUGCAGCCAAAAUGCGUGUUGAAGUUUGUGCAUUAUUAUUGGCACAUGGUGCCGAUCCAACAUUAGUUAAUUGUCAUAAUAAAUCCGUGCUAGACAUUUGUCCAACACCAGAUCUACAGGACCGUAUUAUGAAAGAAUAUCGUGGUCAUCAAUUUUUCGAUGCAAUUAUCAGCGCUACGGAUAUUUCAAAAUUAAAAAAAUUCAUCAAUACUGAAACUAUUCAAUUUAAACAUCCUUUGACUGGCAAUACAGCCCUACAUGUAGCCGUAUCGCUCAAUUGUCAAUCGAUAUCUAAUCCACAAAUGACACCAAAACUUCAUAAACAAAUUAUUGAUCUACUAAUACGUAAAUCACCUGGAAUAGUUAAUGAAAAAAAUGGAAAAUUUCUAACACCAUUACAUUUGGCUUCUGAUCGUGGCUAUACUGAUCUAAUGGAAGUAUUAUUGAAACAUGGUGCCAAAAUCAAUGCUGUCGAUUCAUUAGGACAGACAGCUUUACAUCGUGCUUCAAGAAAUGGACAACUUUGUUCUGUACAAACAUUACUAUCGUAUGGAGCGGAUUUAAUGUUAGUCAAUAUACAUGGUUUAACUGCAGAACAAAUGGCUGCUACUGAACAGGUACAAAAAUUGAUCGCUUCACAUAGAUUAACAUCACGUGGCAAUCCUGAACAUCAGCUUCUUGAAGCAUCACGACAAGGUGAAUUAGAUUUAGUACGAACAAUCCUUUCAAAAUAUCCACAUCUUGUCAAUUGUCGUGAUGUUGAUGGUAGACAAUCAACACCGUUACAUUUUGCUGCCGGUUAUAAUCGAAUUGAUGUUGUUGAAUAUCUUCUUGAACAUGGUGCCGAUGUUCGAGCUAAAGAUAAAGGUGGUCUUGUACCAUUACAUAAUGCAUGUAGCUAUGGACAUUUCGAAGUUGCCGAAUUAUUAUUGAAAAAAGGUGCCAAUGUUAAUGCUACAGAUUUAUGGAAAUACACUGCCUUACAUGAAGCUUCAUCUAAAGGAAAAAUUGACAUUGUCAAAUUAUUACUAAGACAUGGUGCCGAUGUUACAAAGAAAAAUCGUGAUGGCGAUACACCAUUAGAUCUAGUUAAACAGGAAGAUGUAGAAAUUUCCGAUCUCUUAUUGGGCAAUGUUGCCAUUUUAGAUGCAGCUAAAAAAGGUGAAUUAGGACGUUUAAUUCGAUUAGUUACAGCCGAGAAUGUAAAUUGUCGUGAUAGUCAAGGUAGAAAUUCAACACCAUUACAUUUAGCUGCUGGUUAUAAUAAUUUUGAAGUUGCCGAAUUUUUGCUGGAUAAAGGUGCCGAUGUCAAUGCACCAGAUAAAGGUGGAUUAAUUCCAUUACAUAAUGCAGCAAGUUAUGGUCAUUUAGAUAUUGCUGCAUUAUUGAUCAAACAUGAUACCAAUGUCAAUGCCACUGAUCGUUGGGGAUUUACACCAUUACAUGAAGCUGCACAAAAAGGUCGUACACAACUUUGUGCACUUUUAUUGGCACAUGGUGCUGAUCCUACCAUGAAAAAUUAUGAAGGUCAAACAGCACUAGAUCUAGCAUCGGCCGAAGAUGUCAAAUGUUUAUUGAUGGAUGCACAACUUGAACCACCAUUGUAUUCAACAUCAUUAGGAAUUACAACGGCUACUUCAGCUACUGGUAGUACCAUAUCUUCAGCAAUAACGAAUCCUUCUCAACCAUCAUCUGAACAUAUGAUAACGACGACGACAACAACAACGACAAAUGCCAAUAGUAGUGAUCAGAAACAAUCCAUUACGAAUCAAUCACAAACGGAAUCAUCAUCAUCAUCAAUGAUACAACAAUCAGAUUUAAUGCAACAAUUGAUUCGACAAAUGAUGAUGAUAGUUGGUAAUAAUCAGAAUUUGAUCAAUUCUUCUGGUGAUACGAUGACCACUGCUUCUGCUGCUAUAGGUGAUACUUUCUCUUCAUUAUCCAUUCAAUCGAAUGAAUCAUUUAUAGAUGGAUCAUUGCCAUUAUUACCAUCAUCAUCAUCAUCCACUGUAUCAACAACAUCAUCAUCAAGACAAGUAAAUCAAUUGAAUAAUGAAUCUGUACCAUCAUCAUUAGCAUUGCUUCUAUCACAACGUAAUGCUGAUAAUGUAAAUGGUGAUCGAUGUCCAGAAAAUAUUCUUACAAUAAACAAUAAUAAUGAAAAUGAUGAUACUUCUGUUGAUCAUCAUCAUCAAUCGAUUGUUGAUAAUAAUUCAUCCGAUAAUAUAUCGAAAAUAAAUCCACAACCUGGUGAUGGUUCAUCUGAUGUCCAGCAAUCGAUUCAAUCAAAUUCUUUACAAUCAAAUAAAGAUCAAAAUUCAACUCAUCAAACAGCUUCAAAUAAUAACAACAACAAUAACAAUUCUUCCGCCGCUUCAAAUAAUAACAACAAGCUAACCAAUUAUUUGCCAGUCUCAAAUAUACCACCUAGUAUAACUAUACCAAUGUUUUUAUCAACAUUGGGUCUAGAUUUUUUAACACCCAUAUUAAUGUGUGAACAUAUUACGAUGGAUAUUUUAGCCGAAAUGGGUCAUGAAGAAUUGAAAGCAAUCGGUGUAACUGCCUAUGGUCAUCGACAUCGAAUAUUGAAAGGUAUAGAAAAAUUAUUGAUCUCAUCAUCAACAUUAUAUGAUACAAUUGAUGGUUCUGGUUUGGUUGUACGUGCCAAUCAUCAAUUGGAACCGUUAACACAAGCAUUGAAUGGUAACCAAUUUUUAGGAACUGCCAUUACAAAUGCUAAUGCUAUCACUGUGAUGACACCAAGUGGAACGGUUGUACCAUUACCAGCAGCAUCUCCUUCAUUUGUUUCUUCAACUUCAACUAAUAACAAUAACUAUCAAUCUUUAUUGAAUAGUAGUAAUAGUAGUUCUGGUUCACCAUCAUUAUCAUCAUCAUCACCCACACCUGGAAUAUCAAUGAUUCAUACGACUACGUUUUUGAUUCAAUUAUCAUCCGAUGAUCGUGAAUAUCGUGCUGUUGAAGAUGAAAUGCAAUCAACUAUUAGAGAACAUAAAGAUGGUGGUCAAGCUGGUGGUGUGUUUACUAGAUAUCGAAUAUUUCGUAUACAGAAAAUGAUUAAUCUAAAAUUAUGGCAACGAUAUCUACAUCGUCGUCAAGAGAUUUGUGAAGAAAAUCAUGGAUUCGCUAAUGAAAGAAUGUUGUUCCAUGGAUCGCCAUUCAUUAAUUCCAUCGUACAAAAAGGAUUCGAUGAACGUCAUGCAUAUAUUGGUGGAAUGUUUGGUGCAGGAAUUUAUUUCGCUGAAAAUAGCUCUAAAUCAAAUCAAUAUGUUUACGGUAUUUGUGGUGGUAGUGGUUGCCCAAUGCAUAAAGAUCGUUCAUGUUAUCAAUGUAAAAGACAGAUGCUAUUAUGUCGUACGAUUUUGGGAAAAUCAUUUUUUCAGUUUAGUGCAUUAAAAAUAGCCCACGCCCCUCCUGGACAUCAUUCAAUUAUUGGACGUCCAAGCGGUGGUGGUCUAUCUUUUCCAGAAUAUGUCAUCUAUCGUGGUGAACAAGCAUAUCCAGAAUAUAUCAUUACUUAUCAGAUAAUAAAACCAGGAUCAUCAUCAUCGACUAAUACCACAACAAAUGACUGAAUCGAUUCAUCACUAAUGAAUUUUUUUAUCAAAUUGACUAUCGAUCUCUUUUUCUAUAUAUAAAUUUUUAUUAUUGUGAUUACA